UUUAUCUUCUUCGUAACAUCCGGUAUGAUCGUCACACUUCCUGUCUUCUUCCUCCGCGGAACACAACAAUGGCGUCCUGUAGUGAGGGGUCUGCCACAGCCACCGAGCAGGAAACAACCGAAACCAUUCCGUCCCAGAAGAGAGAGGACCGACUCCGAAAGUUCAGAGAGUUACAUUUCAAACGGAAUGAAGCACGUAAGCUCAAUCACCAGGAGGUUGUGGAGGAGGACAAGAGACUGAAACUGCCCUCUAACUGGGAGGCUAAGAAAGCCAGACUGGAGUGGGAGCUUGCCGAAAAGCUAAAGAAAAAGGAAUGUGCUGACAAAGGGGAGGACUAUGACAGAGUGAAACUGCUGGAAAUCACUGCUGACGAUGCAGAGCGAUGGGAGAGGAAGAAGAAGAAGAAGAAUCCCGACACAGGAUUUGCAGGUUAUGCCGAGGCCCAGUUCAGACAGUACCAAAGGCUCACCAAGCAAAUCAGACCAGACCUGGAUAGCUACGAGAAGCAGAGGGAGGAAUGCGGUGAGGACUUCCACCCCACGUCCAAUAGCCUGAUCCACGGCACCCAUGUCCCCACAAAGGAUGGCAUUGACCGCAUGGUGGAAGAUGUUGAAAAACAGAUCGAGAAGCGGGCCAAGUACAGCCGACGCAGGGCCUACAACGACGACGCAGACAUCGACUACAUUAACGAGAGGAAUGCCAAGUUCAACAAGAAGGCGGAGCGUUUCUACGGCAAAUACACAGCGGAGAUCAAACAAAACUUGGAGAGAGGCACCGCUGUGUAGUGGGUCCGGUCACCUCUGGACGUUCACUGCUUCAGUUUGGUCUUCAUUUAAGAGUCUUGGGCUCUCUCUGUAUUGUAAUGCAGUUUUUUAUUAUGCUGAGGUUAUUUUAGGCAAAAAUGUAAUUUCCUGUAUAUGUAAUGCGUGGUGUUCCUUUGUACAGUAUUAGAAGUUUAAACAACAUUUAUGUUCAUUCUUAUCCAUUAUUUUUAAAUAAACCACUUCCCACUAUC